AUGAAGAAGUUCUCUCGGAUGCCCAAGUCCGAGGGCGGCGGAGCGUCGGGUGGCGGGGCCGGCGGGGCCGGAGCCAGCUCCAGCUCCGGCGGCUCGUCUGUGGGGGUCCGGGUGUUCGCAGUUGGGCGCUACCAGGUCACCCUGGAGGAAUCACUGGCCGAAGGUGGAUUCUCAACAGUUUUCCUAGUGCGGGCUCAUGGUGGUAUACGAUGUGCAUUGAAACGAAUAUAUGUCAAUAAUGUGCCAGACCUCAACAUUUGUAAAAGAGAAAUUACAAUUAUGAAAGAACUAUCUGGUCACAAAAAUAUCGUGGGUUAUUUGGACUGUGCUGUUAAUUCAGUUAGUGAUAAUGUAUGGGAAGUGCUUAUCUUAAUGGAAUAUUGUCGAGCUGGUCAAGUGGUGAAUCAGAUGAACAAGAAGCUGCAGACAGGUUUUACAGAACCAGAAGUGUUGCGGAUAUUCUGUGAUGCCUGUGAAGCUGUUGCAAGGUUACAUCAGUGUAAGACUCCAAUAAUUCACCGGGAUCUGAAGGUAGAAAAUAUUUUGUUGAAUGAUGGUGGGAACUAUGUACUUUGUGACUUUGGCAGUGCCACUAAUAAAUUUCUCAAUCCUCAAAAAGAUGGAGUGAACAUAGUAGAAGAAGAAAUUAAAAAGUACACAACUCUGUCAUACAGAGCCCCUGAAAUGAUCAACCUUUAUGGAGGGAAGCCUAUCACCACCAAGGCUGAUAUCUGGGCACUGGGAUGUUUACUGUAUAAACUUUGUUUCUUCACUCUUCCUUUUGGUGAGAGUCAGGUCGCUAUCUGUGAUGGCACCUUCACCAUCCCAGACAAUUCUCGUUACUCUCAUAAUAUACAUUGCUUAAUAAGGUUUAUGCUUGAACCAGAUCCAGAGCAUAGACCUGAUAUAUUUCAAGUGUCCUAUUUUGCAUUUAAAUUUGCCAAAAAGGAUUGUCCAGUCUCCAACAUCAAUAAUUCAUCUAUUCCUUCGGCUCUUCCUGAACCGAUGACUGCUAGUGAAGCAGCUGCUAGGAAAAGCCAAAUAAAAGCAAGAAUAACAGAUAACAUUGGACCAACAGAAACCUCAAUUGCACCAAGACAAAGACCAAAGGCCAACUCUACUACUGCCACUCCCAGUGUACUGACCAUUCAAAGCUCAGCAACACCUGUUAAAGUUCCUGCUCCUGGUGAAUUUGGUAACCAGAAACCAAAAGGAGCACUGAGACCUGGAAAUGGCCCAGAAAUUUUAUUGGGUCAUGGGCCCCCUCAGCAGCCUCCACAGCAGCAUAGAGUACUUCAGCAACUACAACAGGGAGAUUGGAGAUUGCAGCAACUUCAUUUACAGCACCGUCAGUCUCAGCAGCAACAGGUACUUCAGGAUGCUUAUGUGCAGCAGUAUCAACAUGCAGUGCAGCAGCAACAGAUACUUCAACAACAGUUUUUAAUGCAGUCUAUGUAUCAGCAGCAACCUUCUACAUCACAGUACCCUACAAUGAUGCAGCAAUAUCAGCAGGCUUUCUUGCAGCAGCAGAUGCUAGCUCAACAUCAGCAGUGUCAACAACAAGCAUCACCGGAAUAUCUUACUUCCCCUCAAGAGUUCUCACCAGCCUUAGUAUCCUACACUUCGUCACUUCCAGCUCAGGUUGGAACCAUUACGGACUCCUCUUAUAGUGCCAAUAGGUCAAUUGCUGAUAAAGAGGCAGUUGCAAAUUUUACAAAUCAGAAGAACAUCAGCAACCCACCUGAUAUGUCAGGGUGGAAUCCUUUUGGAGAGGAUAACUUCUCCAAGUUAACAGAAGAGGAACUCUUGGACAGAGAAUUUGACCUUCUAAGAUCAAACAGGCUCGAGGAGAGAGCAUCCUCAGAUAAGAGUGUAGACCCACUUUCUGCUCCACAUAGCCACCCUCCAGAAGAUGCUUUUGGUUCUGUUCCUUUCAGUUCUCACUCAGGUUCUCCUGAAAAGAAAGUUGGACACUCAUCCAGGAAUCACGAAAGCAGCACUACAAACUCUAUCAAAAAUGGAAAAGCCAGCCCAGUAUCUAAAGAUAACCGGACUGAAAAGAAAAUUUCAGAGGAUUCAGUACAAGGUCAAGUGCAAAAGGGGAAUGAUGAAUCUGAAAGUGAUUUCGAAUCAGAUCCCCCUUCUCCUAAGAGCAGUGAAGAGGAAGAGCAAGAGGAUGAAGAAGUUCUUCAGGGAGAACAAGGAGAUUUUAAUGAUGAUGAUACUGAACCUGAAAAUCUGGGUCAUAGGCCUCUCCUCAUGGAUUCUGAAGAUGAUGAAGAAGAAAAACAUAGUUCUGAUUCUGAUUAUGAGCAGGCCAAAGCAAAGUACAGGGGUGUGAGCCCUAUCUAUAGAGACAAAGCUGGCAAUGGACAAAUCCAAGAUUCCAGUGUAACAAUCCUCACGCCAACCCAAUUACCCUCUGAUGCUGGGGUGGAGACUCCCAAACAGGAGUUUGAUGUCUUUGGCGCUGUCCCCUUCUUUGCCAUGCGUGCUCAACAGCCUCAACAAGGAGAGAAUGAAAAGCACCUCUUUCAGCAGACCCAUUUUCCUGCUGUGGGACUUGAUCAAGAAGAAUUUGAUGUAUUCACAAAGGCACCCUUCAGCAAGAAGGUGAAUGUAGAAGAGUGCCACACAGUGGGGCUUGAAGUACAUAAUCUCCCUGCUUGUCCCGAAAGUGUAGAUGUAUUUGGCUCCACUCCAUUUCAGCCCUUUCCCACAUCAGUAAGUAAAAGUGAAAGCAAUGAGGAUGUUUUUGGGCUUGUGCCCUUUGAAGAAAUAACUGGAGGUCAGCAGCAAAAAGUCAAACAACGCAGCUUACAGAAACUGUCCUCUCGCCAAAGGCGCACAAAGCAGGACAUGUCAAAAAGUAAUGGGAAGCGGCAUCAUGGCACACCAACCAACACAAAGAAGACUUUGAAACCUACCUUCCGAACCCCAGAGAGAGCUCGUAGGCACAAAAAAGUAGGCCGUCGCGACUCUCAAAGCAGCAAUGAAUUUUUAACAAUCUCAGACUCCAAGGAGAAUAUCAGCGUUACACUGACUGAUGGAAAAGACAGAGGGAAUAUCCUGCAAGCUGAAGAGAGCCUCUUGGACCCCUUUGGUGCCAAGCCCUUCCAUCCCCCGGACCUGACACGCCACCCUUCACAUCCGGGUCUGAGUGACAUCUGUGCCGACCACAAUACCGUACUGCCUGUGCGACCAAGGCAGAAUUCACUGCAUGGGUCAUUCCAUAGUGCAGAAGCAUUGAAAAUAGAUGAUUUUGGUGCCGUGCCCUUUACAGAACUUGUGGUGCAUAGCAUCACUUCACAUCAGUCCCAACAGUCCCAAUCAGUCGAAUUAGACCCAUUUGGUGCUGCUCCAUUUCCUUCUAAACAGUAGAUACUUCUGGUGGAUCCUUGACAUUAACUCCUGUUUCAAAAAAGUAUGAAUAGUUCAUUUUAUGAAUUUGAAAACUAUUUGUAUAGCUCUUUAUAUCAUUCAUUCUUACAGAUCAAUCAGAAUAGGUAAAUAAUUUUUAAAUAAACCAAAUAGUAAAAGGAAGAAUUUCCACAGGGUAGUAACUUGAUGCCUCUUAAAAUGACUUCUUCCAAGCAGGAGAAAAGGGAGCUAAAUUUCAAGCUCUAAUCAAGGGUUUCAGCUACUGACAUGACAGCACAGAAACAUAAGUGUGAUAUUUCAGUGAAAGCAUGUGAAACCUCAGUUAUGUAACCACUUCACAAGGGAUUGCAAAGUCGUACUAUUUUUGAUAACAGAAUGUCAUUUUUGUGUGC